CAGAAAAACCGGAUAACCAUAAAAAUAGACGUAGCAUACACAGAUCACAGUCACAUCAUUGGAAAACAGGGAAGAAAUACGCAACAGGUUAUGAAAGAAACCGGCUGCCAUAUUCAUUUUCCUGAUUCUAACCGAAACCCAGAACUUGAAAAGAGCAACAUGGUACUCAGAAGGCUGUCAAGAUUUGGUUAA